AUGGUGCAUGGAGUUCAUUACAGAACUAAAGAUGCCCAUGCAACCACUGCAUACGCACCUCUCACCAUUGUUUGCGAUGGUUGUUUUUCGAAUCUGAGACAUGAUCUCUGCUACCCUAAGAUAAAAACGUCUUCUUCUUUCGUCGCUCUAGUUUUGGAAAACACAAAUCUUCCAUAUGCAAACCAUGCACACGUCACCCUCGCAGAUCCUUCAAUCAUUUUGUUUUAUCCGAUUAGUAACACAGAGAUUCGUUGUAUGGUCGAUAUCCCUAAAGAAAAAGUUCCUUCCACUUCGAAUGGUGAAAUGGCCAAGUACUUGAAGACCGAAGUGGCUCCAUAG